AUGAGCACACUAAAAAUUUCAAAUGAAUCAACAUCAUCGACCAAUAGUAAUAAUAAUGUAAUAGUAUCAACACCAUCUUCACCACCCCAACAAUCAAAUAAUAAUAGUAAUAAUAAUAAUAAUAAUAACAAUAAUAAUAAUAAUAAUAAUGUUAAUAUAGUUACACCAAGUAUCGAACAAAUUGAAAAAGUAUUACAAACAUUGUUUACCCACCAUGAUAAUAAUUUACAAAAUGAAGCUAAUAAAUGGUUAUUAGAAUUUCAAAAUCAUCAAAAUAUAGUACCAAUUUGUUUAGAAUUAAUAAAGAGUAACCAACCAUUCUUUUCACAAUUCUUUGGUAUUCAAACAUUAUAUAUAAAGAUUCACAGUGAGUGGGAAUCCAAAUGGAGUGAUGAAUUUAGAGUAAACAUUAAAAAUAUAAUUUAUUCACGUUUUCUUUCUGAAAAGGAUCAAAUUAAUCAAGUUUUCACUUCAAAAAUUUGUUCUUGUUUAUCUGCUGUUAGGAUUCAUAGUUUACCAAGACUAUGGGAACAUUGUAUAGAUGAUAUGUUAAAAUUAUUACAUAGUAGCGAAUCAUCAGAAUCAAUUAAAAGGAGUUCAUUGGAUAUAUUAUGUUUAUUACCAUUAGAGUUUGAAACUGUAAUCUUAUCAAACUCUAGAAGAACAGCAAUCAAAGAAGAUUUUUAUGGUCACUCUGAACAAGUGAUCAAUACAAUCUCAAAUUUUUUAUCUUUAAAUAUUUCAAGUCAAUUCAAUAUAUUAUUAUUAAAAUGUGUAAGACAUUGGAUUAGAUUUUCAAAUUCAAAGGUCUUAAUUAAAGCAAAUUUAUUAAAUAAUAUUUUUAAAAUUAUAAAUAAUCAAGAAACUAUAAUAGAGUGUUUAAGUUUAAUUGGUGAUUUAAUUAAUUUCCAUACAUAUAUUUCUUUAAUUUCAACCAAUGCACGUCCAGCACAAAAUAAUCAAAUUCCAGAUCAAGCAAAUUUUCAACAUUUAAUUGCACCAACUAUUAAAGUAUUAAUGGGAUUAAAACCAAUGUAUGAAGAAUCAAUUCAAAAUGAUAACUUAUUUAUUUGUAGAGCAUUUGCAGAUGUAUUAUCACAAAUAGUUGAAUGUUAUGCACCAAUUAUGUUAGAUGUAAAUAUUUUAGAAGUUCAACAAUGUUUAACAUUUUUAUUAGAGCUUUGUUCACAUCCAAAUAAAGAGAUUUCAGAGAUUACAUUUGAUGCAUGGUCAUUACAUAGUGAACAUGCUUCACUUUUAGAUGCUUCAACUGCUGGUGAACCAUUUCAAAAAUUAUAUGCAAAAUUACUUCAACUUUUAUUAGAAAGAUCUUCUUAUCCUUCAAAUAUUGAAAAAGUUAGACCAAAUAGUGAUUUAGCAGAUGAUGUUUCCAAUUAUAGAAAUAAUGUUUGUGAUAUUAUUGUAUCAUGUUUUGAAAUGAUUGGAGCUGAUCAAUUUAUAGAAUAUACACAAAAUUUAUUAAAGAAUCAAUGUAAAUCAUGGCAAUCAUUUGAAGUUGUUUAUUAUGUAUUUAGAUGUGUUUGUUCAAAUGUAAUAGAGGAUGAUGAUCCAAAUAAAGCAGCAUGGAUAUUAUCAUAUUCACUUCAAUUACCAUAUCAUUCAACUUUAUCUUUAACAAUUUUAUAUCUUUUAGAGGAUUAUGGUGAAUUCAUUUCAGAAUCUGAUUUAUUAACACCAUCUUUUAAUUAUAUUUUAAGUUUAAUUCAACAUGAAGAAAUUAGAUUACCAACUUUGAAAAUGUUAUCUAGUUUUGCAGAUAAAUUUGGAGAUAGAUUAUAUAAAAAAGUUGAUAAUGUUUUUAAAACGGUUGAACCAAUUAAUAGUAUAUUAACUAUUGAAGAGCAAAAAACUUAUAUAGACUCAAUUUUAAAGUUAUUAGAUCAAAUGUCAUCAGAAAAGGUACCACCUUAUUUAUCAAGAUUGGUAAAUCCAAUUUCAGCUUCAUUAAAACAAUUGGUAUUAUUAUCAAAUGAUAAUUAUCAAGAAAAGAGUCAAUUACUUAUAAAUGGUUUAUCAAUUUUAGAAUCAACUUUAAAUUUUCCAGAAGAUUCAAAUUUAUUAUUUAAAGAAUUUAUAAUAUCAAUUUGGGGGAUUUUAGAGGAGAUUAAUCAUUUAGCAGUAUUAAAUUUCGAUGUUUUAUUAUUGGAACAAUUAUGGAUGGUAUUUUGGAAGAUAAUAAUGGAGUUGGAAAAACAAUUUACAUUUUUAGAUAAUACAUUCCAAUUAUUAUUAUCAAUAAUAAAUCAAUUUAAAACUAUUGGUUCAUCAGUUUAUCAAGUGAUUGAUCUUUUAAUUGACUUUUUUGGUAAAGAUCAAAAUUAUCAAAAUCAUUUCAUAAAUUUAAUAGGAACAUUAAUCAAUAGAUCUCUACCAAUUUUAAUUGAAAAUGGUAGUUCAAGUAUACCAACUAUAACAAGAAUUUAUAAAACAUUAUUAAAGACACUAGAAAAAUGUCCAAGUGCAUUUAAUUCAUCACCAAAUUUAAUUCAAGUAAUAGAUUUAUCAAUAGAAUUUUUAUUAAAUAUGGAAAAUGAGUCUAUAAAGAGUAUUCUCGAUUUCCUAAAUCAAUUAUUUAUUGUAAUGAAUCCUCACGAAUCCUUAUUACAAAAUUAUAGCGCAAGAAUUUUAACAAAUACUUUUAAAGCAUUGGUCAAUGAUCAAAGUAGAGAAUUAAUUAAUCAAAUUUCUUUAUUUUUAUAUCGUUGGAUUUCCAAAUAUUCAUCAAUUGAUCAUCAAAAAAUUUUAUUAGAAUGCUUUAUUCAAUCAACUUGGUUACCAAUUGAUACUCCUUUCUUUGAAAGAGAAAGACUUUCAAAACUUUUAUUACUCACAAAUCAAUCAAAGUUUAAAGCUCUUUUAACCGAUAUUUCUGCUGUUUGUAAUAACCAAAUGACAUGGGAUGUGUUUUUAGGUUAUGAAAUGUAA